UCCUUCAUCACCAUGUGGCAUACCUUCUGGCGAGCCGUCGAUCGCUUCUCUAUUGAGCACUUCAAAUCUGUCAUCAAUGAAUUGCGGCGGAUUAAAGUUGUAAAUAAACAAAACAUGGAACUAGUGAUGGAUUUGCUGCAGUCCAUUGUUGAGAUAGUCACUUAUGGUGAUAGACAAGAUCCUUUCAUUUUUGAAUGUUUCAUGGAACACCAAGUACUGGCAGAAUUCGUUCGUAUACUAAAGAUCAGUAAAAAUUCUAAAAUCGAGGCACCUUUGCUUCAGUAUCUGAGCAUACUGAUCCAAAAUAUGGAUAGUGAACAUUCUAUCUACUAUUGUUUCAGCAAUGAUUAUAUUAACAACAUAAUUUCACAUCCAUAUAUCUUUGAUGGGGGAGACUUAGCUCCAUACUACGUUUCUUUUCUAAGAGCUGUUAGCAGUAAGGUAAACAGAGACACACUUUGCCUGCUUGUGAAGGUUCAUGGGGAUGCUGUUGUUUCCUUUCCCUUGUAUACUGAGGCUCUUAGGUUUGCCCAUCACGAGGAAAGGAUGAUUAAGACUGCUAUACGUGCAUUGACUCUUAACAUUUACCAUGUUAGCGAUGUCAUGGUCUUUCGAUUCAUAACAACUCCUCCAGUUUCAGAGUACUUCUCUGACCUGGUUUACAGAUUAAGAGAUAUUUGCUUUCAUUUAGACGCUUGUCUCCAUUCUAGAGGCAGGGAGAUGGACAUGCAAAAGGGAAGAAACAGUCUGAUUGUUGAAUCUGAUAAAGUUGUGGAUGAUCUAUACUACCUUAAAGACAUACUUAGUGUCGGCGAGCCUUGUUUGAGUAGACUUGUUACUGAAAAUCUUCUCGACAGACUUGUAUUUCCAAUAAUAAUGUCAUUACUGGCUUCAAAAGAGAACAAUGAGUCAGAACUAUCUGCAAUCACGUCUCUAUAUGUCCUGUCACUUCUUCUUCAAGUUGUUGGUGGAAGGUGGAUAAUCAAUAAUGUGGCUGGAGUUAUCCUCUAUCCUUUACUGACCUUAAAUGUGAGACAUCUGAAUGAAGGCAAUGCAUCUCAUGAACACAACGGUGUUUAUCCUUUUUCUAAGCACGUGAAUGAAGUGAAAAGAGUUAUGUGUUCUGCUCCCGAGUGCAAAGGAGUAGAGGGCAAUGACGGUAACUAUGAUGAUGCUCAUAUGGCAGAUUUCAUGUCCAGUUUCAAUGUUCGCAGCUUCAAUGGGGAUAUUUAUCUUAAAAGGGAUGGAAUACUUGCAUAUAUUUUCUCUGACCAUUAUGUCAUGCUGCUAGCUUCUCUGUUUUUAUUACUUAUUUUGUCAGAAAGUAAAGAUCUUGAUUGUGCCGUAGCUCCAGUGAUUGGGUUAUAUAAGUUGCAGACUGAUGAUGAAUCGACUUCUAAAUCUGCAGAUGGAGGUAUCUUCAUUAAAUUUAUGCCUGAGAUUUUAAAUGCUCUGUUGAAGGUUUUAGCCUUUCAGCAAUCCCUCUCUGCUAUGACACUAUGGCAUACGGGGUGGUGCUUUCUAAAGCUACUUAGCAUUCACAGAGUGGGACUUCAUGGUGAUAAUCUCCACCUGUUCAAUACUUCAUGCAAGCAGUCCCGAGAAGGCUUUCUAAAAGAACUUGAUGGAAUUUGGUUUGAUCAUAUUCCAAAUGCUUUAAGAAGUCAAUGGGCAAGUUGUAAAAGAGUUCUCGAGGAAUCCUCCCAGCAUAAAGAUCCUUUGUUCUUGCUAGAGCUCGCUCUCCACCGACAAUCAAUUAAUGGUGAAACAUCUUCAUAUUUUGCUUGGCAAGGGAUGAUUGAUGCAGUGAAGGUUUUUAUUCUCCACAUCCAGCUGAAGUCAUAUAUUUCCAAAGGUGUAUUAGUUGAGAAUCCAUUAUUGCUGGGCAGUCCUACCACCAAUGAUUCUGGAGCAAUCCAUGCUUCAGAUGUUUCAAAUGCUAGCUUCGGAUCAGAUGUUUCCUUAGAAUCUGGUGCACCCUGCAGAAUUGCAUUUUCCAAUUCUGAAAUCAGGGAUAUAUACCUGAUACCGGUGGCAAGUGGAAUGGCUGGAAAGUUGCUUCUUGCCGAGAAACAUCCUUUUCGCAGUCAUCGUGGAGUUGUUAUUGCAAUUGCACCAUUGGCAGGGUUGAGUCCUAAGAUAGACGAGGAGCACCCUUCAUGGUUGCGUCUUCAAAUAAGAGAGUUUGAUGCAGAGUUCUAUACUAACAGUGGAAAUGGAAAGCACCUCAACCCAUCCGAUCAUGUGACUGACGGGAGAUGGACUAUUGGUUUCCCAAAUAAAAAAGCGUGUGAGUCAGCUAAAUUAACAAUCAUGAGUGAAAUUACUAAGCAGAGAUCAGCUGUGGAGUACAUACUUGCGCCACUGCUUCAGUAUGAUCUUGGAUUAGCUGUAACUGAUACCUGAGCUGAUCAAAGCCGUGACUGUAGGAAAAUCAAGGAGUCUGAUAGCGAAAGAAGAGAAAAGUAAAGAUAGUCCUAACUUUCGCUUUCCCGCAAAUCUCAUGGUGCCCAAGCCCAGGCAAGGACUUGGCUCUCAGCAAUUAGGAUCGCCUACUUUAUUUAUUUUGAAAAAGCGAACCGUUAUUGGUGAGAGAGAGAAGUGAUGGGUUAGGGUGUAUUCUAAGUAAGUGUUUCUAUUCUUCCUUUUUCAUUCAAACACUCCUUUUCUAGCAUAGCAGAUCAGUGCUUUGUGUUCAAAUAAUUUGCUGCCCUUUGCAAGUCUUUUUAGGCCAACAAAGGUAGGAGAUACUUUUUUGACUGGAAGCCUAAGCUGCUAGCUUAGCUUCUAUGCUUAUGCUUCCUCUCACCCACCCAGCAAUGAGGGAACAAAUGGUUGCGACAUCUGGAUUACCUAUUGCUGUAAAGUAAUUUCCAACUUAGAACCCAUUUUAUCUAUUCUUUGAGCACGUGCCGGUCAUGUGCAACGAACACCACUUGCGUUGGCAUCCAACUUUUUGUCUCUUUCAUUCCUGCUUCACCGACUCUCAUCUUUACUUGAAACAUGAAACAGUACUGAAAAACACAUAGCGUCGCUGAUCAAGUCGAUCAACUGAACAAUGUCCCCAAAAGAGGUGGUUUGUCCCAGUAUUUACAUGUAGUCCCUUUCCAUGUAUGGCUAAUAAAAUCGGAAAUGACGAAGAUUGUCAAAUGUGAUGAAUGGUUCUCGGUUGCGUUUAAACGUCUGGAAUGCUUACUUAUACAUGUUCCUUCUGGCUCCCUAUAAAGAAGACAUCCCCUUGGUUAUGGGAGUAGCUUGUUCUGUUUCUGUGCUGAGUGCUCAUCGAGCUGGCCACCCAUUAAUAUAUCAUAUUAUAUCACUCUCAUGACUGUUAGAUCAUUUCGGCCUCUUCUCUUUUUCUUGUAAUGUUCUUUUUAAAGCAUAUUUCUGUUGGUUGGUUUUCUUUCAAGGUGAGAUGCAGCUGUAACAUAAAUUAUAACUUGACGGAUCCGCACAUUAAUGA